GUGAUUAACUUCAAGAUUAUAUAUGAUGAAAUGAAAAACAUUAGCAACCUGUUUGAGGAUGAGAGGUUUAGUCUCAAAGCUCAAAUGUCUUAAAACAGACCUCAGAAUUUGGAAUAAAGACACCUUUGGCAACCUGUUUGAGGAUAUCAAGUAUUGUGAAUCUUUGAUCCAGCAAGCAGAACAGUCUUAUGAAGAUGAUCCUUCUGAUAGCAACAGAGAGAACUGGUCUCAUGACCAAGUACAAGAUGGAGAAGAAAUUCUGGAAGCAAAAGGCACACAUAUAUUGGCUUAAGGAGGGUGAUUCUAAUUCUAAAUUCUAUCAUUCUUUUGUGAAAAUAAGAAUCAGGAAGCAGAACAUUGUAGAAAUAUUGAAUGAAGAUGGUAAUCUGGUUACUAAUAUGUCAGAAAUUGGUAAUGCUGCUGUCUCCUUCUUUUCCAAUCUCUACUCAGUUGACAGUCAGGUGGAUGAUAUUAAUAUCCUGCAACAUAUACCAAACUUAAUUAAUUAACUGCCUACAGAAGAUGAAGUUAAAACUGCAGUUUGGGACCUCAAUCAACAUGGGGCUCCUGGACCUGAUGGCAUUAAUGGAAAAUUCUUCAAAAAGUGUCGGGAUAUUGUAGGUAUUGAUGUAAUCAGGGCAGUUCAAGAAUUUUUUUCGGGUCUUCCUAUUCCUCAAGGUAUGGCUAGCAGUUUGGUGGUUUUGAUUCCUAAAAGUGAGCAUCCUAAUACCUUUGCAGAUUUUAGACCUAUUUGUUUAUCUAAUUUCGUCAAUAAAGUUUGCACUAAGGUUCUGGCUACGAGGUUGAUUAAAAUUUUGCCCAAAAUUAUUUCUAUUGAGCAAGCUGGCUUCAUGCAAAACAAAGAUGUUAUUGAGCAGGUUCUUAUCGCUCAAGAAAUGCUUCAUUCUAUUGACAAGAAAAUUAGAGGCUCUAAUGUGAUGGUAAAGCUUGAUAUGGCUAAAGCCUUUAAUAAACUUUUCUGGGAAUUUUUAGCUUUGAUUCUGGACAGAUUUGGGUUUUCCAAUAAUUUUGUGCAUCUCAUCAUGAACAACCUGAAAGCUACUCAUCUCUCAAUUUUAGUUAAUGGGGCUCUUCAGGGGUUUUUUCAGCCUAAAAGAGGGGUCAAACACGGUGACCCCUUAUCUCCCUUUUUUUUAUCAUUGCUUCUGAAGCCUUCUCUAGAGGCCUCAAGUGGAAUAUUGAUCAUGAACUUAUUAAAGCUGUGUUUGUGGUUGCUUAAAAAAAGUGCUUUUCAGCUUUUGACUUCAAAAAAGCUAAAAAGAGUGUUUUCAAAUGACAACUUCUGCUUAAAUUAAUCACUUAAAAGCUAAAAGCUGAAAGCAGGUGCAAGGGUGCUUUAAACUGCUUUUCACUUUUUCUAUUAUACAAAAAGUACUUAUUUUACCAAACACUACCAACUUUUACUUUUUCAGAAUCACUUUUUUCUCAAACACUACUAACUUUUACUAUUAAUCACUUUUCCCAAAAUCACUUUAAAAAAUCACUUUUUUAAAGUUGAGGCAAUUGCAAACACUCCCUAAGCCAUACUGGAUGGAUAAUGUUGGCUACCCGGUGUCGCAUUUGGGGUUUGCAGAUGAUUUAUUUAUAUUCCUAAAUGGAGAUGCCAGAUCUUUGUUAAAUUUCAAAAAAUUUCUUAACUCUUAUCAGGCUGCCUCAGGUCAAUCAGUCAAUCUGGAUAAAAGUUCUUUCAUCUGUGGCAAAUUUGCAAGAGCAAGAUCCAGAACCAUUCACAGAAUUCUUGUUUGAGAAGAAGCUAUCACCUUGGAAACAGAGGAACUUGUCUCAGGGAGGAAGGUUAAUCUUAAUCAAUCAUGUCUUGAGUGCAAUUCCUCUCCAUAUCCUAGCAGCUGAUAACCUGCCCAGGAAAGUCAUCAAUAUUCUUGAGAAGAAAAUGUCAUCUUUCUUUUGGGGCUCGACUCAUGAUAGAAAUAAUUAUCACUGGGUUAAAUGGGCUGAUGUGUGUCUUCCAACUGAAGAAGGAGGGUUGGGAGUCAGAUCUUUAACUCAUUUGGAAAAAGCUUUUUCAGUUAAAUUAUGGUGGAAAUGGAGAACUACCAGUUCACUUUGGGUUGAUUUUUCUCAAAGCAAGAUAUCCCAGAGGGGAUAAUAUGGCUCCCAAGGUUACUGAUUCUCCCAUCUGGAGGAGAAUUUGUUCUAUUAGUGACACUGCUAAUACCUUUUGUCAGAUUAAUCCGGAUGCUUGUGUGAGAUAGAUACCUGAAGAUGAUGGGAAUUUUACUUUAAAAUCUGCCUACAACAUGGUGCGCUCGGAAAUGGCCUCUACCUUCUCCUUCAAGCAUGCUUGGCACCCCAGACAAACACUGAAAAUCAAAAUCUUGCAAUGGAAAAUUUUUAAAAGGUAUCCUGCCUAUUACUGAUAAUUUGAAAAGGUUUCAAAUGGUUCUUAAUCCAUCCAUUUGUCCUCUUUGCAAACAAUGUGAAGAUUCAGUUGACUAUCUUUUCUUUAAGUGUCAUGUGGCUCAACCAAUAUGGUUUUACUAUAUGAGCAUACUGGGAAUACCCUUUCCUAGUCAAAUUGGUUCUAUUAAAAAGAUAUUCAUGGCCUGGUGGCUUCGAGCAGGGACCAAAAAACUAACUGAUGUCUUUAAACAUAAUUUACCUGGAAUCAUCUGCUGGCAUUUGUGGAAAAUUUACUCGAGUAUUGUGUGGGGUCCCAAUGAUAGAGUUCCAUCUUCUGAGCACAUAAUCCUACAGAUAAUUAAAGUUGUACACUCAGAAUUGGGUUACUAGUUUCUCUCAUCUUAAGAUCAGGGUGGUUGGAGAUAUUCUCUAUGAAGAAAAUCUGAUUCCCUGUAACUUUAAACUCAAUAAAGGUUAUUAUAAGGCAGUAAAAUGGAAACGAGCUCCUGGGAAUAUGAAGAUGAAUACAGAUGCAAAAUUCUUACAGGGAGUAGCUACUGGUGGUGCGAUUAUAAGGAAUUCUGAGGGAGCUUUGAUCUUAGUGACUUCAUUCCCUCUAUCGGUUUCUUCUCCAACUGAAGCUGAGUUCUCAUCAGCUCUAUUUGCAGUUGACUGGGCGAUUGAUAAGGGAUUUUCGAAUUUCAUAGUUGAAAUGGAUUCGGAGGUGGCUCUGAGGUAUAUCGUGGACGGAGGUGCUGGUAGUUGGAAAGAUGGAUUUCAGGAAAUUAUACUGAAAGGAAAGAGGAAAGGGGUGCG